CAACAAUUAGCCAAUCAGCGUGCACCAAAGCAAUCGGGCAUUGAACAUGCUUUAAUCCAAUCUACGUCCCGCUAUCAGUUCUCGUGCCAAAAAGCGCUCGUUUUCACCUUCCUAUCGUAUUUCCCACUUGAGAGGACGUUGAAUGUCAUUGGUCACGCUCCCCAAGGACACAUUUAUGCUAUAUACAUAUGUGCUUCUGGCUGUUUUCGGAACACAUUUUUCAUCUACUGAACCUGGACGUCUCUCUCUAGUUGGAGAUUUCAACCACCUAAAGGUUUAAGUAUGAAAAUGUUUAUUAUUUUAAUCAUUUUAACUAUUGUAUUAAUACCAUUAAUUAUAAUUGGAAUAAUUAUUGGAAUUAUUUAUAUAUAUAAAACAAAUAUACCAAAUUUACCAUAUGCAUUACCAUGGUGGCGUCGUUCAUUAAUAUAUCAAAUAAAUAUUGAAACAUGGGCAAAUGAUGUACAAGGACCUAUUGGUCGAUUACAAGAUAUAAUACCACGUAUAGAUUAUUUAGUGAAUCAAGUUGGUGUUACAAGUAUAUUACUUACAAAUUUAUUAAAUUCUGAUAAUAAUGGUAUUAUUGAUUGGGAAACAAUUAAUCAAUCGAUUGAUCCAACUGAAGAAGGAUUUAAUCAUUAUUUACCACAAAUAAUAAAAAAAUCGAAACAACAAAAAAUCUCCAUUUUAAUUGGUUUAUCAAUUUAUACAACAAGUAAUAGACAUGAAUGGUUUCGUUUAAGUCAAUCAAGUAAUAAUAAUAAUAAUAAUGAUUAUAGUACAUUUUAUAUAUGGACUAAUAAUGAACCUUUAACUGAUCAACAAAAACGACAUUAUGCUUAUGAUUCUAUUCGUCGUGCAUACUAUCGACAUGUACAUGGUAAUCCAAAUAGUCCAUUAUUGAAUUUAAGUAAUCCUAAUGUACAAGUGAAAAUGAUUGAAGUUAUUAAAUUUUGGAAACAAAAACUUGAAAUUAAAGGUGUUAUGAUAAUGAAUUCAAGUAAUUUACUUGAAGAAAUGGUUCCCGGUAUUAGAAAAAUCUUAAACACAGACACUGAUGAUGAAUUCAUAUGGUUUGCUGAUGAACCAAAAAUUGAUGCCAUGGUAAAUAUGGAACAGAAAGUUUGUUUACAUACACUUACAAUAAAUAUUCGUGUACCAACAAGAAGUGAUGACAUAGAUUCACAAAUUCGACAAGCUAUGAAUAAUACACAAUUAAGAAAAUGUAGUCCAAUCUGGUUAGUUCAUCAAUUAAGUGAAGAUAAUAAAGAUUUUGAAACCAUUCAAAAAUUAGCAUAUUUUCUACCAGGUAGUUAUUUAAUGUUAGCUGGACAAGAAGUUGAUUUGACUACUGGUAAUCAUCAACUGAUCAAAUGGUCAUAUGAUAAUUAUUUCGAUUAUAAUACUUAUUGGCCAAUUAAUAUAAAUUUAAUCAAUAAUGGUAAACAACGUUUAUAUCAUUGGAAAUUAUUUAUAGACAAAUCAUAUAGUAUUACAUUAUUAAAUACCCCUAAUGAUAAAAAUCAAUUAAUCAGUUAUAUCCCUAAAAUAACUUAUAAUUUAUUGAUUAUUUAUCGUCAUUAUAUUAAUACAAUUUAUCGUAUUUAUUUUAUAGUUAGUUUUCAAACUUUAAAUACUAGAAUACCAUUUCAAUCUAUAUUUUAUGAUAUCAGUAGUUUAUCUCAAUUAAAAGUAGUAUAUGAUUCAAAAAAUUUAUAUUAUGAUAAAAAACAAUUAAAUAAUGAAUUAUUAGUGAAUAAUCAAGUUUUAUUACUUUAUUAUUAUUAA